AUGGAUGGAAAUAAUUUCGAUGACAAUGAGAACACCAAAAUGUGGACGCCCAGAAUUGAAACGAAAUUAAUAAAUAUGUUAAGAGAUGAGGUUAGAAACAAUCAAAUAACGGGCCGUAUUACUUCGUGGACAAUUAGGCAUUGGAAUCAUUAUGCAAAUCAGUUGCACAACAUAUAUGGAUUUCGGUAUACAGGUGUCAAGGUGCGCCAAAAAUAUCAGCGAUUGAAAGCUGAUUACCAGACAUUUAAGCGACUGCAGGGACAGACUGGUCUGGGAUGGGAUCCUAUUAUUGGCACUGUUGUUGCACCCGAUGAAUUUUGGGAUAAGGCUAGUAGAAAUGUGAAGAAGUUUAGGACAAAAGAGUAUGAAUAUUUUCAAGAAAUAGCAGAAAUUGUUGAAAAUUGUUGUGCCACAGGGGCCCUGUCUCGUGCAUCCACAGAAGGACCCCUUGACUCAGAAGAAGAAGAUGACAUGUUAAAUAAAUUUUGGAACGCUGAUACUGGUGGGAGUAACGCUGGUGGGAGUAAUGCUGUUGAGGCCAUUCCUGUUGACUUAUUUGGGGAUAAGUAUAUGGAUCCAGCAAAGGGCAAAAGUCACAAGAGGGGCCCUGCAACUAGCCAGACUGACAGUGGUCGUUCCAAAAAGUCACGGUCAAUUGCGUUGCUUGAGCUUGGGGACAUACCACCGUUGCAGUACGUUAGGGCACUGACAUUGUUCAAGGAUAAGAAAUGGCGAAGACAAAGGCAUAUGUCAUCCGACAGAGAAAACAAUACAAUGGAGCUCUCAUCAGAGGAGGAUGAGAUUCUUGAUGAUUUUAUGGAUUUUUUUAUGAUUGCUUUAAUGCAUGACCAUAUCAACGGGUCAAAUAGAUUUCAACACGCCACGGAAACAAUUUGUCGGCACAUAAAAAUUGUUAUGCGGGCAUUGUGCAAGCUUUCAUCAUUGGUUAUCAAACCACGUAACCUAGAGGACAUACCGGGAAAAAUUUUAAAUGACAGGAGGUUUUUUCCCUGGUUCAAGGAUUGUGUCGAUGCUAUCGAUGGCACAUUGGUGGAUGCAUGGGUCCCUGCUUCAAGACAAAAUACAUUCCGUGGUCGGAAAGCAACGGUAUCGCAAAAUGUACUCGCAGCUUGCGACUUCGAUAUGUUGUUCACAUUUGUUAAUUUUGGAUGGGAAGGUAGCGCUCACGACAACGCUAUUCUGGUUGACUCUAUUACACGAGCUGAUCUACAGUUCCCACACCCACCCAAUGCUAUGGAUCCAUUCUUUAUGGAAGCUGAUAAUGAAAUGGCUGCAGAAUCAGAAGCAGAAGCAGACGGGCUUGUUGGAGACCAAGCUGACUAUGUUGACAUGUCACAACAUGGGUUAACGUCCCAAUUGAACGUUAGGGAUGUAAUUGCUACUGCUAUGUGGCAAAAUCAUGUUCACCAUGCAUAG